AUGAAGCCCCUUGGCAAACUCACUGCUAUGGCAUCAAUAAAACUUCAAGGGUUGCACAAGCCUAUGUACCAUCAACUGAGUGAUUGUGGGGAUCAUGUUGUCAUAAUGAACACAAGACACAUUGAAUUUUCUGGAAACAAAUGGAAACAAAAUGCACACCCCUCACAUCCUGGCUACCCAGGUGGAUUGAAACAAGUAACAGCUACUCAACUUCCCCUGAAGGAUCCAGUGGCAAUUGUAAAACUAGCUGUUUAUGGUAUGUUCCCAAAAAAAACUCUGAUGCAAAGAUUGCAUCUUUUUCCAGAUGAAGUUGUUCCAGAAAAUAUUCUUAAGAAUGUAGUGGAAGAGCUUCCUCAACCAUGA